AUGUCUGCAAAUAGCAAGGACAGAAACCAAUCCAAUCAGGAUACGAAGCGACAACAGCAAAAUUUCUCAAAGAAGAUUUCAGAAGGUGAAGCCGAUUUAUAUCUCGACCAGUAUAACUUCACUACCACCGCCGCUAUUGUAAGUUCAGUAGACCGUAAAAUUUUUGUUCUUUUGCGUGAUGGAAGAAUGCUAUUCGGUGUAUUGAGAACGUUUGACCAAUAUGCAAAUUUGAUUCUUCAAGAUUGCGUAGAGAGAAUAUAUUUCAGUAAAGAGAAUAAAUAUGCUGAAGAAGACCGCGGCAUAUUCAUGAUUCGUGGUGAAAACGUUGUCAUGUUAGGCGAAGUAGACAUCGAUAAAGAAGACCAACCCCUUGAGGCCAUGGAACGCAUACCAUUUAAGGAAGCUUGGCAGAUCAAGCAAAAGAAUGAUGAAAAAAGGUUUAAAGAGGAAACUCAUAAAGGCAAGAAAAUGGCCCGCCAUGGUAUCGUUUACGAUUUCCAUAAAUCUGACAUGUACUGA